UCUUACUGCCAGUGUUCUCCAGGCGAGCGCACAGUCAACUACAACUUGUCAUCCAGAGCGGAGUGUAUCAGGUUUCUGCGGGACUGAGAGUCACACACACACACACACACCCUCGCUGAAUAGCUGGAGAUCAGAGCAGCGAGACGGUCCUUCACUGCCCAGCCAAGGAAGACGCGUCACUCAUUUGGUGAUGAGGUGAUCACUCUUACAGGCCAGUUUUGUCCUGCCAAGUCUCCCCCCCCCCCUGCAGACAUGGGGUUAUGUGUGAAUAUGAGGUGGCAGCAGGGCAGCGCUGGAGCGUUCAGGGCCGGAGUAGGAGCACUCCUGCUGGGUCUCAGCCUGGCUCAAUCCAUCCCUCCACAGGCCGUGUGUCGAGCAGCCUUGGCCCAGCAGAGCCUCCCUGAGAACCAGUACCAUGAAACAGCAGAGGGAGACUCCGGCGGCUUUCUGUCUGCGUUUGUCCAGUCUUUUCUGAACACAGUGCAGCCUAACCCCUUCCCUAAAGAUCUGGUCCUGAACGUAGUCCAGGAUAUGAACCAAGUGUUGUCAAAUCAAGACCUUGCCAAACAGGCCCUGGUGUAUGAAGUCGGAUUCCUGGUGUGUGCAGCCAUCGGCAUCCUGUACAUCGUCCUCAUGCCCAUAGUUGGUUUCUUCCUGGCGUGCUGUCGCUGCUGUGGAAACUGUGGUGGGAAGAUGUACCAGAAGCAGACGUCCUCCAUUCACUGUCGCAGGAGAUCUCUCUACUGGAGCGCCUUCAUCACCACAGUCAUAAUCCUUGCUGGGAAUAUAUGCAUGUUCAGAAGUAAUCAAGGCCUCAAAGUAACUGUGGACGAGACUGCAGAGGAGAUCAGCAACACUUUAGAAAACAUCAACAUCUUCCUCAGUGCUGUGCCUCAGGAAGUGUACCACGUGGUGAAUGAAAGCUACAAAACCAUACAGGAGGUCACCAGGAACCUAGAUACUAUAGGCCCUAAGCUGGGAAAAGAAAUCCAGGAGCAGUUCGCAGGACCGCUGGAGCCUGCGCUGAGCUCAGUCAGACUUCUGGACGAAGAUACUGAAAACACAGGCGUCCAAGUAAACAAGCUGAACUCAUCUUUGGCCCAGCUGCAGUCCAGCGUGGAUCGCCUCCAGGCCAAUGUCACUGCUAUUCGCAAUCGCAUCAAUCAAACUUUCUCCAACCCAAACUGCGUCGGCUGUCAGAACCUGCUGCCCGAGCUACAGAAACUCGACACACUGGACAUGACCAUCACUUUUCCCAGCUUGAAUGAGCUCCAGUCUGCAGUGGAUGAAGUCGUCAAAGUAAAUCUCACAUCCAAAAUCGAGGAGGUGGAGGAUUAUUUUGACAGCAUCCCUCAGAGAGUGACAAAUGGCACCGAGGAUGUGGUUCAAAACAGCAAGCAGCUGUUGGACAACAUAGAAGCACAAAUAUCACAGAUCGCUGGUGACCUUCCUCUGCCUGCUUUGAACGACAUUUCGACGACUCUGGACGGGCUGCAGAGAGACAUCGACAGGCUCACACCGCAAGUCGAGAAAGGCGAGCGUAUCAGGUGGGGAGUGUGUGUGGCCCUGUGCUGCCUGGUCCUCCUGGUGGUGGUGUGUAACCUCCUGGGUCUGGUCCUUGGCCCUUUGGGUCUGAGUCCAAACAAAGACCCAACAAAACGCUCGGGUACUGCCGAUUGUGCAGGCACCUUCUUCAUGAUGGGUGCAGGUUUCAGCUUCCUCUUCUCCUGGCUCUUCAUGAUUCUGGUUCUGGUGCUGUUCCUAGUGGGUGGGAAUGUUUACACUCUGGUCUGUCGGCCCUGGAACAACGGACAACUGCUACAGCUCAUCGAUACUCCAGGUUUAAUUCCAGGGCUGAAUUUGAGUGCAAGUUUGGGAUUGAAAUCUGAAAUCAGUAUCUCUGAUAUCUACAGAGACUGUGUGGCGAACAAACCUCUGUGGACAACGCUCCACCUGAAUGAGCUCAUAGACCUGGAAGACCUGCUCAACGUGUCCAAAUACACAGAUCAGAUCGAGCAGUUCUUUGAGAGUACAGACAUCCCUCUGUCGUCGUUCACUCUGCUGAGCCCUGAAGUUAAAAACCAGCUCAGCAGCUUCUCCGACAAGACCAAAGACCUUGACUCAGUUGACAUCACACAGCAGUUAAAUAACAUUACUAGGAUCAAUCUAAACACAACGGCUGAUAAACUUGACCUGCUCGCCACCUUUCAAUCGAAUGAUGGUGUUAAAAAAGAGCUUCAGAAUCAGGCCAGAGACCUGAGGCAGAUCCAGGCUGACAUAGAAACAACCAUCAUUCCUCAAAUGGAAAAGCUCAACUCGACCAUCGCGGGCCUUCGAUCCAUCGCAGAGAAAAUCAAUGGAACGGUGGGGGAGGUGCUGAGCAACGUGGGAGCAGCACAAGACUUCCUCAACACAAAUACGACACAGAUCGUCAAGACCGAGAGCAGAAAGUUUGUGGACUGUCAGCUGGGCUACUUCAUUGUUUAUGCUGACUGGGCCAACCUCACGAUCACACUACAUUUGGGCCGCUGUGGGCCGGUGGCGGAUGUUGUGGACUCUGCUGAGCGUCUCCUCUGCUUAAACUUGGUGGAGUCUCUGAACGCCUUCUGGUUCAGUCUGGGCUGGUGCAUGAUCUUCUUCAUCCCCAGCAUCAUCUUCUCUAUCAAGCUAGCAAAGUACUACCGCAAAAUGAAGUACUCUGAUGUCUUUGAAGAGAACUUACACAUGCACUCCAUCCCCCGGGCCCAGAUGAAAUUCACCUGAGACCAUUGGACAUUGGGCCAAACAGCUUUAGAAGGCUGCAUGUGGCACAAAAAAAUAAACCCAUGGAGCACUCAUGCACAGAUGUGGCAUAUUGUCACUCGUGGAACAUCUCUACCAAGCAUUUCAUUCACGACACACUCAGCAUAUUUCAAACGACCUCAGGGGAACACAGGGCAUAAGGGAAUCUGCAGGGAUUGUUUCUUAUCUUUAAAAAGUAUUUGAAGGAUUUUCAUUUCAUUGGUCGUUUUAUUACCUUCAGAUUGUGUAUGUAUUUAAUAUUUGAACUGAGCUGCUGCUGGAAUCUGAGAAUUAUGCCUCACAUUUCAUCCUGUAAAGCUGAUUUAGUGGAGAAUUGAUCAUAAUUACGCGGUUAAGUCACGUUGGUGUGCAGUGCUCAGAAAAAGCAGCAGCUGUGUUUCUGUGCCAACAGGCGUUUGCCUUUGUCGGGUUCAUUUUGUGAUUUUGCAACUUCUUCGGAUGGGGAAACACUUUGAGAUUACUUCUUUAUUAUACUUGCACUAUAUUUGAAAUCAAAGCACAAUUUCUGCCAUAAAUCAUGACAUGAAAAUGUUUUUUUAAUGAUCAGUACAACUGAAGCCAGCAUAUCACUACCGUCAACAAGACAAUGCAACUUAGACGAUUUUAUUACAACUGAGACUGUAUUACAAGUUUUCUUUAAGUUAUGUUCCUGUAAAAAAAUGACGGAUUUACUUCAUGAUUUCUAAUGAUUGUUUUUUAUACUAUGAACUGCUCUGAGCUCUUCAGUAGAUUGUGUUUUAUGUCUCUGUUACACAGCACUUUAUAUGCUCUGUUCACUGAAUGUGAUCGACAGGUUCUGAACAUUUCUCGCCGCUGUUGUGAAAACUUCUGUAAGUAAAGAUUGUCACUGAUCAACAA